GGCGGAAAGGUACACGUACAUGGGAUGUAAACACAGUUUUACCCAAAAUGUCGCUGAUUGUUCACGACACGAUAUCGCUGACAACUUCUGGCGGAGUAAGCAGUAUUCAGUUGUGUAUCGGAGACAUCACGAAGCUGUCGAAGGAAGAACAAGUCGAUGUUUUGGUUGUUUCUGCGUUCCCAGGUGACUACUCCCCCACACCUAGUUCUCUAAUAGGAGCUCUUUCCAUCAAUCUUGGCAUCAGUGUGCGUAAUCUCUCGCAGGACAAGGAAGAAGACCUUCGUAAACAGUAUUUCUGUUGGUGGUCCAAACCACUUCAUGAACGGCACAGUUUCAGAAGGAUCCUCUGUUUUGAGGGGGGAUUUGGCAGCCGUGGAAGCUCACCACCGAAAGUAGUGGGGGCUGUGUUUAGAUGUCUCAUACCAAUUCUUAGUGGGAAGGAUUCCAAGGGCGGGUCAGUGAUAAUGCCUCUCCUUGCAUCUGGGGAUCAGGGCUACUCUAAGGCACUGAUGUUAAAACUCAUAAUUAACUCUGCAAUACAAUGGAUCAAGACUGGCCUAGAAUUGAAGACCCUGAAAGUUGUUUUGUUUUCAAGAAAUCCUACAAAGCCUGACAAGUCACAUGAGCCACUCUUUGAAAGCUUUCAAAAGCUGAAAGACACUUAUGGAGACAAAGAAUUAACAUCUGUACAGGAGAUCAUCUACGAUGUUUAUAUGUCCCAUUGUCCCAAAGACCACCAAACUGCCCUGAACAUUGCAAAGUUUUUACGAACUGAGAGAAAAAUCAAAGUGUUUCAUGAUUUCCAAGAGCUUAAUGAUGAUGAUUCUUGGCAAGAGGAGAUAUUUAACAUCAUGGGCAAGUGUGCUCGUGUCAUUGCUCUGUUAAGUCCAGGUUACUUGGAGACAGAGAGUUGUAUAGAACAAUACAACAUGGCCUUGUGUAUAAACAGACGAUCACAAGAAACAGUUCUGGCUCCGUUUUACAUCACCUCAAUGGACUAUAUGCCAACAUAUAUGAGUCUUAUACAGUAUGAAGACUGUAGGCAAAAGGACACAGAAAAGAUCAAAGCAGCCAGUCAUCAUGUGGCAAAUUCGUUGAAGAGGCCGCAAGAAGAUGUUCUAACUGGUGUGAUGGAGACAAAGACCAUUGAAACCUUAAAUUAUGAUGUGUUCAUUUCAUACUCACAUCAGAACAAAGCUCACGCAGAGAAGGUGCUACAAACCCUUACGUCUCUUGAUCCAGAGUUAAAGAUCUUUAUUGAUACAUCUGGUCUGAAUACUGGAACAUCUUGGCAGCAAAAGCUGUACAACUCACUGGAUGCGUCCAGAAGUACCAUUGCCCUGUUGUCGCCUGACUACAUCAAAUCUAGAGUCUGUUAUGAGGAAUUCUGCCUUUCACACGCUUUGUUUAUGGAUAAAGAUAGUAUGAUGGAUCUGGUGAGUGUGUUGGUGGAACCCGUGGAGAAACUUCCUUUGUGGUGUGAACAGCCCCUCCCUGUAGACUGUACCCCUCCGGAAGUGGACGCGGACCAAGUUCUCUCUUCGGUGUGUACUGACUUGGUCAACAGACUGAAAGGUGCCAAUAACGCCCAACUGGUGCAAGACCUGAAAAAAGGAAGUCUCACGCUGGAAUCGUCCAUGGAGCACCACAGGAAAUCAGUGUUUGUGCUUCGUUCAGGUGUUCUUAGUAAGCCUGUAAAUCUCACGGCCUCCAACGACGAGGAUUCCUUAAGGGCGAAUCAUACCAGUGAUGCAGCCACGUCUGCCGAUGGACAGCAGACUGGUGUAGAUCCGUCAACGCACAACACGUCAACAGAAGUGACAUCAUCAAGUUCUACAUCAUCACAAUUGAAAUCUUCGAGUUCAGCUACUUGUGAUGUGGCACUGAGUUUCGCACCAGGAGAUUCAAAAUCAGCGAUGGUAUUGAAGCAGUUACUUCUCGAGAAAAUUCCCUCGUUAAAAAUCAGUGAACCUAAAGCAGAAGACUUCUCAAGAGUGCAGUCUUUGGACGUGGCCCGCGUGAUUGUGCCGCUCUUGUCGUCGGCUUUCUUGACAUCGAACGAACUUGUUCAAGAACUUAAUAUUGCCAUUUGUCGAAACCGUGGUUCCUCGCGACGAGUGCUGUUCCCUGUCCCGGUAGGUGUAGUUCCUCCAAAGCCCUCUUACGUCCAUCUCAUCCCAAGUGAAUUUUCAUGCAACGAUUACAGAUGGGCGUGCAAAGUUUUAGAUCAGGCCUUGCAAAAUGAGGUCCAUAGGCUGGCACACGGAAACGACAUAGAUGUAGAUCUCGCGUUUUGUCUAAGGUGCGCCGCCUUUUCAAUUUCUGAGAGGCUCUUAGGAGAAGAGAGCAAGGACUUGGAUCUUGAUAAUCGAGUUUUAUUGAAUGUUCACGAGGUGGAAGAAAAAUGGAGGCGGGUACAGAUGGCACUUCAACAAGAGGACGGUGUAGCAGUGUCGUGGAAAGCAGCUUUUGGAAUUAAGAUAGAGACCAAUAUGGACGAUUUAAAACCAGCCGGAAAUACUGAAGAACUUGAAGUGAAGCCAGAAGUUAACACUGAAGAUACCAUGGCUGAAGAAAUUGAAUCAAAUGGAGUAGAACUUCAUCGAAAUGACAUCAGCAACGAAAGUGAAAAUACUUGUGAUCAGCCUGGCCCUAGUGAACGCGGAGUGGAGGCUGGAAGCAACGAGCCAGUGUCUCCAAAAGAGCACAAGACUGUCCAUUUUAAUGUGGAUGGAGGUGAAGUGGACGGUUCAAAUAGCUCCACACAAGCAGAAUCCAAAGCUUUAUGCAGCGUAGGAAGUUAUGUCAUCGCUCGUGAAUCAAAGUUUCGGCCUUUUUCAUUCAAAAGGCCAGCAGUACUAUUCAACUUUGAACUCAUCGAAGGUAUCAUGGAAGCUGAGGAAGAAAUGAAGAAAGGGAACUUCCGCAAAGCUCACGAAUUGUUCGACGACUUGCUCAGGAAAGACAAAAGCAAAGUUCAUUACCUGCUGGGGAAGGCUGAUUGUUUUGUUCUAGAAGGACGUUUGAUGGAUUCGUUGCCCAUCUACAGCGAGGCUUUCAAAAGCGGAAAAGUUCAGCCCAAUCGUCUGCUUCAGUUCGUCGACGCUUUGACACUUAUCAUAAAAAGCAAACUGGACAAAUAUGAGGCAAACGACGAUUAUGACACGAUUUUGCAAUGCACGAUUUGUACGGGUAUUUUGUGCGAUCCUGUUACUCUUCCCUGUGGAGAUUCGUUCUGUAAACUGUGCUUGGAGAAACAAGAGGCGAAGAAAUGCGAACAUUGUGAAAGUUCGUUUGCAAACAUGUCUUUAAAGGCAAAUGUUAUCUUGCAAGACAUCCUUGAGAAGUCGUUCGAAAAGGAAUUGGGAGCAACUCGGUUGCGUCUAGAGGGGAACAAUUUGCACAGAAAAAGGCAAAGCCUUGCUGCGAUCGAGAAAUACCUCGAGGCAGAGAAACUAAACAAGUCUGACCACUUGAUUCAGAGUAACCUUGCCUGUAUUCUUAUCUCACUGGGUCGUUUUGAGGAGGGUUUUCUCAGAGCCAACAAGACUUGUCAACUUCAGCCAACAUGGCCAAAGGGGUACUACAGGAAAGGCUGUGCUCUGCUUGGCCUCAAUAAAAAGGCUGAAGCAGUCGUGGCUUUUAUGCACUGCCUUGCAAGGGACCCAGAAAAACCAGCUGUUAGAAAAUCAAUAGCAAAGCUUCUACAUGAGAUGAUUACAGAAGGAAUUUCUUGCUCCAGCCGAGGCCAAAAGCGGGCUAGAACUGCAAACAGUGACAGUACCUCCACAGAUGAAGACAACAACAACAUUAUUCUUCACAGAUUUACAAGCCUUGUGGAACUAGUAGAACAAAGUAAAGAAGAAAAUGGCACUGAUGAAAUGGAAGGUGAGCCUGACCUGAAAAAGUUACGACUUGACAAGCGAUGUUGCGUAGAAGAUGUGGAAUGUACACUAUGCUGCAGGUUGCUCUAUGAACCUGUAACCACACCCUGUGGCCAUGCAUUUUGUCGUUCCUGCCUCAAUUGCAAUCUUGAUCACAGACCAACCUGUCCAAUUUGCAGAUUUUCCUUGAGAAAGUUUCUUGCUGAGAGAAAUCAGACUGUUACAGUUGCCAUAAGCAGGCUUGUAGAAACUGCUUUACCAGAGGAGUUUGCAGAAAGGAAGAAACUACACGAAGAAGAAAUGGAAAAGUUAGCCAGUGUGGCAAGUGACACUACAGAAGAUGUGCCUAUUUUUGUAUGCACCCUAGCCUUUCCAUCCCAGCCGUGCCCUUUGCAUAUCUUUGAGCCUCGGUAUCGUCUGAUGGUUAGGCAAUGCAUGGAAUCAGGGUCACAGCAGUUUGGCAUGUGUCUGCAUGAUGAAGAGAAAGGUUUUGCUGAUUAUGGUGUGAUGCUUGAGAUAAGAGACUUGCAAUACCUUCCAGAUGGAAGAUCUUUUGUUGACUGUGUUGGUGGAAGACGUUUUAAAGUUCUUAAAAGAGGAAUGCAAAAUGGAUACCACACUGCUAAAGUAGAAUGGAUCAAGGAUGAAACGAUUCCAGAGGAAGAACUUGAACAUGUAAAUACUCUUCAUCGACAAGUUUACGAUGAAACAAAAUCUUGGUUUAAUAAUCUACCACUCCUUCCAAGGAGAAGGAUUAUAAACAUGUUUUCAGAAAUGCCAAGCUGUGAUGCAGAGCCUCAGAAUCUACCUCAGGGACCUGUUUGGAUUUGGUGGUUUCUUUCUGUUUGUCCACUGCCCCUUGAUGAACAGCUAGAAUUCAUUUCCAUGUCCUCAUUGAAAAAACGCCUUGAAAAAUUACAACAGAUAAUCUCCUCCAUGCAAACAUAGAUGAAAGGAAUUUAACCAAUGAUCCUAUGAAUUGAUAUUAGAAUAUGUUAUGAGUAUUUUUGUAAAUAAUACAGCUGUUCAUUGUUGUCACAACAAAGGCACAAACUUACCAACUUGUACUGCAGCAAAGUUUGGACAGCUGAGACAUAAUUUAAUUAAUUUUAAACUCCUACUCCGGGUAAAUUUUGAGGAUGAGCAUGUUUUAGUAUUUUAUUGUCUACAUAGAUCUAAUUUUAGUUUGCUGAUGAAUGAAAAACAUACUUAAAAUUACGUUCCUCCAAAUUUGUAAUUAACAUAUCUUGACAAUUUUAUAGUUUAUACAGCUACAUCAUCAUAGCAGAAUAUCAGGUAAAUUUGUCGCCACAAAGAUGGCACAAAUUUACCUACUUUUUACUGAAGAAAAUCUUGCAUGGCUUUAUAAACUUAAUUUAGUUAAACCUUUAACUCCUUGAAGUGAUUGAGAGGUAACUUCUCCCCAUAAUAUCCAUACACUUUCUAGAAAAACAGGUAAGGAGAAUACUUAAACUUAUCACAUAGAAGUUGUUUUUGCUUGAUCUAACACCAAAUUCCUUGAAACAAUUUAGAAGGAAAUGUCUAGCAGCUAGAGGGGAUAAUAGCAAUCAGAUCUUGGGAGUCAAAGGGUUAAUUGUUAACAACUCUAUAGGGUAAAUGUUUAGGUUAGCCGUGUUAUAUUAUUUUACUGUCUGCAUUGAUAUGAGUUUAGCUGAUGAAGGAAGAACAUACUCUAAAUUGUAUUUCUAGAAAUUUGUAAAUAACUUAUUGUGACAGUUUUCAAAUAGACAAGUACCUGCAUGAUCGCUGUGGAGUAGUUGGAUUGCAAAUGGAUGACCCUUACUUUUUCAUGGUGAAUUAAUUUUACCAAUUACACUGAUCACUGUAAUCUCUCAUGAUUAACCAUGUAACACUGAUUCUGAGGUCAUUUUUGAAACUAACUUAUUGUUCUCAUUCAAAUGUGCAGAAAAAUCAUCCCGUAAAAAUUUCACAGCUUUUCUCCCCAGGAAACAGUUCUUUUUACCAAUAGAUCUUUUAAUAGUAGGCAUUAUCCACCAGUACACCUGAAGGGAAUUAUUUAACUAGUUCUGUAGGGAACUCUUAUUAAAAUGCAACUGAAAAUGGCCAAAAGUUUAAUAGAUCAUACUUGUAUCAUAAUGACAUUCUUCAAUCUCCAGAUAAUAUAAUGUUAAUAUUUUUUUUAUUUCUAGUGUUUGUAGCAGAGACAUCUGAGUGUAAUGUAAGAAUGUAUUUAGUGCCAACUUAAUCAUAGUAAGAGUGAUUUCACAUUAGACUGCAAAACUUCCAUCUUCCAAAUGAGGCUGCCUGAAAACAUUAUUUGAGGGACAUGAAAUAAACUUUGACAUUGGAUGUAUCUUUUCAUCAAAAUCUUUAGCCUUUAACAUAUUUGCCAGUCUGAAAAGUUCAUUUAUGGGACAAAAAAAAGAAUCCAUUCUUAAUUAAUGCAAAUGGGCCUCAGCAUGGAAGAAUUAAACUAAGGAUGGUCAUGGUAAUGAUGCUGGUGAAGGCAAUGAGUUGAUGAUAAUAAGGUUGACAAUGAUAAUGGUGAUGAUCAUCAUGGAGUCUGGUGCAGGUCAAUUUUUACAGUUCAAUGUCAGUAUCUUAGCAAUUACACACUUACCUCACCCCUAACCCAACAACAGUCAACUGAUAACAAGUCGCAAAGGAUGUUAAGGUAGCAGAGGGGUAGGAGUGCAGUUGCUCAGACAGUGACAUUGAUCCAACACUACACAGUAUUACUUGUAUUGUUUGUAAUGAUUAAGUUAAGGCUAUGUGUACAGUAGUUUUUAAUAAGUAAUCCUUUGCAUUGCAUUGUGUUGUCAGUAAAUCUUGAUUAUUAGAAGUGUAAUAAAAUCACUCACUGGAAGUGUUGUAUUUCUUGACAUGUGCAUCUUU